UUGAGGAACUGCAGGCACCAGAGAGAAAGCCUUAGACAGCCAGGUUGGAUCGAGAGAGCAGAUGCCUGGGAAGGGCUCACUUUAACCCUAAGUCUCUCUUCAGGAGGAAGAAAAGGAAUAAAGGCGAACCACGCUGCAAGGAACCACAAGGCAAUGCCAGGAAGAGGGAGUUGGAGUGAUCUGGGUGAUUCUGAGUGAGUCAAUCUGAGAGGCCUUCCCCGAGGAGGCGGAGGCCCCAGGGUGUGGCCACCACGACACAUCAAGCAGUUUCCAGAGUCGGGCCCAGCCCUCGGAGCUGACCCAGGCAGGGGCCCCACUGGUUCCAGAGGAUGCGGCUCCCCCGCAGACGCCACUUGGCCGUGCGCCUGGCCGUGGUGGGCAGCGCCUUCAUGCUCUUCCUCUUCAUCCUGCAGCGGGAUGUAAGCCACAGGGAGCAGGCCACAGAGAAACCAUGGCUGAGGUCCUUGGUGAGCCAGAAGGAUCACGUCCUGGACUUGAUGCUGGGGGCGGUGAAUAACCUCAGGGAUUCGAUGCCCAAACUCCAAAUCAGGGCUCCGGAGCCCCAGCAGACACUGGUUUCCACAAACCAGACCUGCCUCCCUGGCUUCUACACCCCAGCUGAGCUGAAGCCCUUCUGGGAACGGCCACCACAGGACCCCAACAGCCCUGGGGCAGAUGGGAAGGCAUUUCAGAAGAAAGAGUGGACGCUCCUAGAGACCCAAGAAAAGGAAAAGGGCUAUAAGAAGCACUGCUUCAAUGCCUUUGCCAGUGACCGCAUCUCCCUGCAGAGGGCCCUGGGGCCAGACACGAGACCCCCUGAGUGCGUCGACCAGAAGUUCCGGCGCUGCCCCCCCCUGUCCGCCACCAGCGUCAUCAUCGUGUUCCACAAUGAGGCCUGGUCCACGCUGCUACGAACGGUGUACAGUGUCCUGCACACCACCCCUGCCAUCCUGCUGAAGGAGAUCAUCCUGGUGGAUGAUGCCAGCACGGAGGAGUACUUGAAGGAGCCGCUGGAGCAGUACGUGAAGCAGCUGCAGGUGGUGAAGGUGGUGCGGCAGGAGGAGCGGAAGGGGCUGAUCACAGCCCGGCUGCUGGGGGCCAGCGUGGCCCAGGCGGAGGUGCUCACCUUCCUGGAUGCCCACUGUGAGUGCUUCCAUGGCUGGCUGGAGCCCCUCCUGGCUCGCAUCGCGGAGGACCAGACCGUGGUGGUGAGUCCAGACAUCGUCACCAUCGACCUGAACACGUUUGAGUUCUCCAAGCCCAUCCGGCGGGGCAGAGUCCACAGUCGCGGCAACUUCGACUGGAGCCUGACCUUCGGCUGGGAGACACUCCCUCCGCAUGAGAAGCAGAGACGCAAGGAUGAGACCUACCCCAUCAAAUCCCCGACGUUUGCUGGUGGCCUCUUCUCCAUCUCCAAGUCCUACUUUGAGCACAUCGGUACCUAUGAUAAUCAGAUGGAGAUCUGGGGAGGGGAGAACGUGGAAAUGUCCUUCCGGGUGUGGCAGUGCGGGGGCCAGCUGGAGAUCAUCCCCUGCUCGGUGGUGGGCCACGUGUUCCGCACCAAGAGCCCCCACACCUUCCCCAAAGGCAUCAAUGUCAUCGCUCGCAACCAGGUGCGCCUGGCCGAGGUCUGGAUGGACAGCUACAAGGAGAUUUUCUACAGGAGGAAUCUGCAGGCAGCAAAGAUGGCCCAGGAGAAGUCCUUCGGGGAUAUUUCGGAACGACUACAGCUGAGGGAACGACUCCACUGUCACAACUUUUCCUGGUUCCUGGACAACAUUUACCCGGAGAUGUUUGUUCCUGACCUGAAGCCCACCUUCUACGGAGCUAUCAAGAACCUCGGUAUGGAUCACUGCCUGGAUGUGGGCGAGAGCAACAACGGAGGCAAGCCCCUCAUCAUGUACACCUGCCAUGGCCUCGGCGGCAACCAGUACUUUGAGUACACAACCCAGAGGGACCUUCGCCACAACAUCGCAAAGCAGCUGUGUCUACAUGCCAGUGCUGGUACCCUGGGCCUCAGGAGCUGCCACUUCACGGGCAAGAAUAGCCACGUGCCCAAGGAUGAGGAGUGGGAAUUGACCCAGGAUCAACUCAUCAGGAACUCAGGAUCUGGUACCUGCCUGACAUCCAAGGACAAAAAGCCAGUCAUGGCCCCCUGCGACCCCAGUGAUCCCCACCAACACUGGCUCUUCGUCUAGACCCCAAACCACCACCUGCCCCCCCCCCGGGGGAGUUCCCACAAGCAUCUCAGGAAACAGGAUUUGGGGGAACCUGAUGUUUGAGAACCUGGUCAUCAGCUUCCCUGUCGGCCUUAAAAAUGGAUUUCAAACCCAAUGGGAGUCGAGGCAGGAGCUUCCUACUCCUUGCAGCCACAUUGGGUCCAUUUUCCUUUCCUCCACCUUGGUGGACGAGAGCAUAAGGACACAUAAUACGUGGCCUAGAGCACUCCUUCUGUCCCAGAAGCAGACUUCCAAAGCCGAGGAGGCAGCUGGGAUAGGGCCCAGGGCAAUGAUGCUGAAUUCCAGAAAAGUAUCUCUGCAGCCACAUCCUGCAUCCCCAGACAUCUAGAACACCUGCAGAAUCCAGUGAACUAGUACAUUCUAGCAGAAGGAUUGAAUGUCUAAGAGUUGCCCUUGCUCAUGUUACUUGAAGCACCUUAAGAGGAAUCCCUUCUCUGACUUCAUCUGCACAGUUGUCCUGUGAGAAAGACAGGUACCACCACACCCAUUUUAGAGACGGGACAGCUGAGGCAGAGGUAAAGCAGCUUGUCUGUAUCCCACAGCUGGUGGGCGGCUCGAGCCGAGACUGAGGCUCCACCUUGAACUCUGAGCCAGGGCGCCUCCCAACACACCACGAGAACACUAGGCAGCCAGCCUUCAGCUCCGCACUCUCUUCCCUCCAAACUGCUUGUUCCCGGCUGGCUGGUCUCCGUAAAGCCUGCAACCGUGGAGCCAGGUAGCCAUGGGGGAAACCACCUUUGGGAAUCCCGGGAUGUUCAUUUUGAAAGAAAGCCAGUGGAACCAGUGAUUCUCAGGUCUAAGUCCCAGUGCUCCAUGUCUCUUGUAGUUUGAAGGCAGAGUAGCCAGGGAUGAAAAGGGGGAUGGCUGAGGGCAGUGCCCACCCGCCCCUGAACUUCCAAAGGUCUGCCAGCACCAUUCGAAAACCAUUGUUUCCGUCCAACCCUGUCAUUUUCACAUUCUGAAACCAAGGCCAGAUAAGUCAUUUGCCCAAGGCCACACAACCAGGUGUUGGCAGCCCUGAGGCUAAGCCCCAGAUUAAGCUAACAGGAGGCCAGGGACGGCUGAGGAAGCAGGGAAGGCGGGCGGCAGGGAGCGUGACUGCCUGACCGGCCCUGACAUGCCUUGUCGGCUGUUCUCGCAUGAAGUCCCCACGGGGAGCAGACCUGAUGCGCAUGUCCGCUCCUCUCCAAGCAAGUUGGACCCCAGCACGCGUGGCUGCUUUGCCUGAGUUGACAGAGCCAGCUGCCCGGAGGGGGACUCCUUCCAUCCAGGAGGGGAUCCUUCUUGGAGUGGCAGGCCGUCAUCUUGGGCAUCACCACACGAGGGUGCCGUGGGACCACAGCGGCCUCUCCUUCCCACGCAACUCCACGCAGCAGGACGUCUCCUUGGUCCCAACCUCCUUGGUCCCAGCCAACGAGAGAGGAGAGAGGGGCCAGGAUGUGUCCUAGCAGGGGAGGAGGGGGGAAAGUCCUUUGGCAGUAAGAGAAGAGAACUGGCUGGGAGAUCCUGGUGGAAAUAAAAGUUUUAUGGCAUUUGU